AUGGAAAAAAAUAGAGAUGUCUCCCACGUUACUCAAAAUAUGUGGAAGUAUCGACUUCAACUCUCAUCUGCUCUAUACAAUUUCUACAAUGAAUUCAUUUUUCUGAAGGGAUCAUUGAAUUCUUCGAAAGCUAAGCAUGGAAAAGAAAAAACGGAAAUGCAGAGCAGGAGAAUGGACUCUAAGAGAACAGGUACAAGUAGCCAAGGCUCAAUUCGAGAGCGAAAAAUGUUGUUGCAACAAGAUGUUGAUAAGCUAAAGAAGAGACUCCGACAUGAGGAAAAUGUUCAUAGAGCUUUGGAGAGAGCGUUUAACAGGCCGAUAGGAGCUCUUCCUCGCCUCCCUCCUUAUCUCCCACCUGAAACAGUCGAGCUCCUGGCCGAAGUAGCUGUUUUGGAAGAAGAAGUUGUUUGGCUUGAAGAGCAAGUUGUGAAUUUCAGGCAAGGACUAUACCAGGAAGCUGUCAGCAUUUCAUCCUCCCAGAGGAAUGUGGAUAAUUCGGCUAAGUUAUAUGACAUGUGUCAGAUUAAAGAUCCAAAAUCGCAGCAAUCCAGGUUGUGUCUUCCAAUAGAGUCAAAUUCGGCUGUAUCCACUGUGAGACGUUUACCAUUUUCUCAUGCCGAUAAGCAAGGAAAAGAAAACCUCUCGAGCUCCAAUUCCUUGAAGAACAAGCAGCGACCUCCAAAUUUGAAAGUACAGACUGUCAGAACUCCUGUGAAAAGGCCUCCUGUUGAGUUCAGAUCUGCAGAGAAGCAUUUAGAUUCUCAGAGAUGUCAAUUAGAAGGCAGAGUUAUGAACCACGAGAGUGCCGAAGAGAGGAAUCCUUUUGUCGGUCGAGAGGAAAAAUCACCAGUAGAUGAUACUCCAAACAAAAUUUCUGAGAGCAUUCUGAAAUGCCUGAUGAACAUUUUCUUGAGAAUGAACUCCAAGAAAAGUAGGAGUACGGCAGAAACAGUAGCUUCACACUCAUCUUUAACGUCUUGUGACACAUAUGCAGAGUUUAAGGAUCCUUAUGAUAUAUGUUCAAAGUUUGGGAAGAGAGAGAUUGGUACAUAUAAGCAUUUAUUUACUAUUGAAGCCGACUCUAUCAAUCCAAACCAAACAACAAUAUCCAUAUUCCUAGUUCAAAGACUAAGGCUUCUACUUCAGAAACUUGAAUCAGCUGACUUGAACGGCCUCUCCCAUCAUGAGAAGCUUGCUUUCUGGAUAAACAUUUACAAUUCUUGCAUGAUGAAUGCAUUUCUUGAACAUGGAAUACCAGAGAGUCCUGAAAUGGUGGUUUCACUAAUGCAAAAAGCCACAGUCAAUGUUGGUGGACACAUUCUAAAUGCAUUAACCAUUGAACAUUUCAUACUCAGACUGCCUUAUCAUUCAAAAUAUACCUUGGCAAAGGGUGCAAAAAAUGAUGAAAUGAUGGCAUGCGGUAUCUUUGAAUUGGAAUUGUCCGAACCAUUGGUAACAUUUGCACUGUCUUGUGGAAGCUGGUCAUCCCCUGCUGUGCGCGUGUACACUGCAACUCAAGUCGAACAGGAGCUUGAAAUGGCUAAAAGAGAGUACUUACAGGCAGCAGUUGGGAUAUCAUCAAUUACGGAAGUGAUGGGAAUACCAAAACUAUUAGAUUGGUAUCUGCUAGACUUUGCAAAAGAUAUCGAGUCAUUACUCGACUGGAUAUGCCUUCAACUACCAUGUGAACUUGGAAAAGAAGCAAUGAAAUGCCUAGAGAAAGGGAAAGAUAAACCUCUGUCCAAGUCUCUUCAGAUACUGCCCUAUGAGUUCAGUGGAGGUCUGUGCGUGCAACAGUUGAGGGAGGGAAAUUGGCCUGAGUUUGUAAACCCAACUUAUGUGGAUCCCGGCCCAGGAGAUGAUGAAGACAGAAGUAGCGGUGGACUAUCGCUACUAAUCAAACCCCAUCUCGAGGACGCUGCGCCGUCACCACCACGGAAGCAGACUGGAGCCUCUUCGCGAUCUGCCGCUGUGCGCGAUCUCACUGAUCUCAGCCCAUCGCGAUCUGCACCGGUGCCUCAGCCCAUCUGCAACUGCGACGGCGAUCUGCAAAUGGAUCUUUGUUGGGGUGGUAGAUCUAUAGGGCCCAGCUCCCCUAAAAAUGAAGAUGACUUUGCUUUUGUUAUUGGUGAGGACUCAUCGGAGACUGCGUCUCUUUCGGCAGAGGAACUCUUUGAUGGUGGCGUAAUUAAGCCAUUGAAGCCGCCACCACCUCUGCAACAUCCCGCCGGCGCAAGAAUUGAGGGUGAUUUCUCUCAAAAGCAUAAGAAAGAAGCCGGCCCUUUUGCAAUCGCCGCCGCUCCUAUGGUGGCAGAGCACAGAAGAGGAAGAGAGAGAGCUCCUGCAGUAGGUUUAUCUUCAUCAAGCCGAAGAGCAACCCGUUCACUUUCUCCUCUGAGAGUUUCUGAUCAAAUUCCAGGGGAUCAAGAGGAGAAAAAAGAGCAGAAUACAAAGAAUUUUUCCUCAUCUUCAUCCUCAAAAUCUCAAAGAAAAUGGAGAUUGAUGGAUUUUUUCUUGUUCCGAAGUGCAUCCGAAGGACGAGCAGCAGAUAAUGAUCCUUUAAGGAAAUACACAGCAGGGUUCAGAAGAUCAUUCGAAGAUGCUAAAAAUUCAAGUUUUCAGGAUUCUGGAUCAAACUUAAGAAGAAGAGGGAAAGUUUCAGCUCAUGAAUUACAUUAUACAGCAAAUCGUGCAGCUUCAGAAGAUUUGAAGAAGAAGACCUUCUUGCCUUACAAGCAAGGGAUUCUGGGCAGACUGGCUUUCAAUCCUGCUGUCCAUGCACUGGCUAAUGGCUUUGGAUUAUCUCGCAAAUAA